UCAAGUCCAUUGCGCUACCUUUUGGUCUAUUGGAGCACAUGUUAUACGUCGGUAAUCGUGCUGUCGCCGUGGGUUUCGGCAGACAAAGAGAUGGAGCCUUCGAGGAUGCUCUAAACGAAAUAUCUCUGGAUGUUAUAAGUAAUCAGGCAUGCUCCAGCACCUACGGAUCCAACGUUAUAAUCGAUUCCACUUUAUGUACAAGCGGUGCAGACGGUGUUGGCCCCUGUCUCGGGGACAGUGGUGGUCCCCUUGAUUAUUCCUACGAAGGCAUCAGAUAUUUGAUCGGUGUCUCAUCGUUCGUAGCAGAUCGUGGUUGUGACGCAGGAUUAGCAGCCGGUUUUUCUCGCGUCACGUCUUUCUCCACCUGGAUACGAGUGCGACUUUAAAUAUUUCUAACUUGAAAAUAAUAUUAAAUAACAUGUUUUAAAUUCUUUUAUGUAAUAGGUAGAAGUAUUUUACAUUAUA